CAUAGAGAGGUAGCGGAGAGUAUGUUGGGUGCUGAUGGGGAUGCUCAAAAUCAGGGUACAGUAGUCAUAAAUCUAGAACAAAUUCGUUAUUUCAUGCUUUACCGUCGUGAGCUGAUCUUUAAUGGGUGUGACAGUUUCACAUCAGGAAGAGAUUUUGUCUUCUGCCAUUUGUACCAUUAAUCCUCUUGGAAUGCCGAAAUGAAGCUGAAUAACGCUGUAUUUGUUUACGUUGAAGAUUAGUGAAACGCUUUGCUGCGUCGCUUUGUUUGCUCAACAAUCGACUAAACGUGCACUUCAGUCAAAUCGCGGGGUGAUUUUGAGAAAGCUGCAGAACAAAUACGUAAGCGGAAUGGAAUUGUUUACUCCUUACGCGGCGCGGCCCUGUGGACGCUGAAGCAACUAUCUCAGAUGUGAAAUUGUGAAAAAGAAAGCGGCGAAGAAGAAUUGUUGUGGGGACUAGUAACAAGAGUUCGAAGUCAGUAUUAAAUCUGUCAAUCACAUUAUGGGUGUCGAGGCUUUAAGAGAAUUAUUUCUGUAGUUUGUCUGUAGUCGGAGCUGAGCAUAGGGUUGGAGGUUUUAUUUCAGUAGAGAUAUGAGGAUGGAAUAACUUUCAAGACUAUUGUCCUGACUGCACUGAGGGGAGAAAAGGGUGUUUUUCCUUAAGAUACUCAACAUAACGUUAUUUACAAUGAUUUGAAAUUCAGGUGGGUUUUGGUGGAGAUCUGGACACAAAAUAGUGCGUUUCUUGGAUUUUUUUUUUAUUUGAGUUUCGUUUUACUCGCUCACAAGAGGAAGAAGUGUGCUUUUUUGUUCUGAACAACUAAAAGAACACGGUGUGUUGUACUGCCGGACAACAUGCCCACUUCACGCUCCGGCGCCAGCUCAGUGGAAUACUGGGUCGAUGGAUCUCGGCGAGACGUCUCCAUAGAGGAGUUCUACACCAUGGGCCCGGAAUUAGGAAGGGGGGCUACAUCGGUGGUGUGCCGCUGUGAGGAGAAACAGACGCAGAAGCCAUACGCCGCCAAGGUCUUGAAGAAAACUAUUGACAAGAAGAUAGUGCGGACUGAAAUCGGGGUUCUGCUACGGCUCUCCCACCCAAAUAUCAUCCGACUGAAGGAAAUCUUCGAGACGGAGACGGACAUUGCACUCAUCCUGGAGCUGGUGACUGGAGGGGAACUCUUUGACAGGAUUGUGGAGAGAGGGUACUACAGUGAGAGGGAUGCCGCCCAUGUUAUCAAGCAGAUCCUGGAGGCAGUGGCGUAUUUACAUGAAAAUGGGGUGGUGCACCGGGAUCUCAAACCAGAGAACUUACUCUAUGCUGACCUAUCGCUCGACGCCCCCCUGAAGAUAGCGGAUUUUGGCCUUUCCAAGAUAAUAGAUGACCAAGUAACAAUGAAGACAGUGUGUGGCACCCCUGGAUAUUGUGCUCCAGAAAUUCUCAGAGGCAACGCUUACGGCCCUGAGGUGGACAUGUGGUCCGUGGGAGUCAUUCUGUACAUAUUGCUCUGUGGGUUUGAACCCUUCUUUGAUCCAAGGGGAGACCAGUACAUGUACAGCCGUAUCCUCAACUGCGACUAUGAAUUUGUCUCCCCCUGGUGGGACGAAGUUUCCCUCAAUGCCAAGGAUUUGGUCAGUAAGCUCAUUGUUCAGGACCCUCAUAAGCGCCUGACAGUGCAGCAGGCACUGCAGCACCCCUGGGUGCUGGGCAAGGCUGCCCGAUUCUCACACAUGGACACCACCCAGAGGAAGCUACAGGAGUUCAACGCCCGUCGAAAACUGAAGGCUGCUAUGAAGGCAGUUGUGGCGACUAGUCGCAUGCAUGAGGGCUCACGGCGGCGCACGGACAGCUGUGAGGGGACUGGGUGUGACAAGACCUCUCGGCAGAGCAGCAUGCAGAAGGAACCUUCCCAAGAUUCCCAGAGUCAGCCAAGGCACACUAAGAACACUCCAGAGCUCACUGAGGAAGAGCUCCCCCAGAGCCAGGCCACCUCCAGCCCUCACGCCCUGCCUCCUCACAGCUCCAAACAGCCUUCCACCCCGCCUCGCCUACCGGAGAACGCUGCUAGCCCCAUGCCCAUCCGGCCACCCCUAAAACCUGAGGGCCUGAAACAAUCCUCAGUAAUCCCCAAAACUGCUGUUGUCCGACCCCGAACGCCCAGGAAGACUUGCUCUGUGGUAGAUCCCUCUGACAAAAGCGAGCCCUCGCCCGUCCUCACCUCUCCACCAAGCCCCAAAAGUCUGAGUAAUGGCUUUGUUGUGGGGGUGGAGUCCAGCAGUAAGACAGCCCAGUGCCAGUGAGAGCUGAGCACCAAAGACUUCCUCCCUUUGGUGCCAAGGGCUAAAACAUGAGUGUGGCGCUCAGCUAAGACUGUGCUAAGAAGGAUUAUAUGGAAGAGGGAAAAACAGACAGAUUGGGUGGGUCAGCUGCUUUCCCCAAUUUUUGUUUUAUGGGGGCACAAAGAAUAUUUCAGACCUUUCUUUUUCUUCUUAGUGUAAGACAGAUUCCAGCCAAACAUUAAAAGCUGUCGGUGACAUUUUUGAAGCUCCAUUUUAAAACUGUUGACAAGUGUUUGACUUCUUGACUCUGCUACCAACUCAUCAGGUUUCCAUUUCUCAGCAGUUUUCCUCACCAUUGCAUCUCAGUCUGCUAACAAUGGAGAGAAUGGAGAGAUCCUCUUGAGAUGAGACUUGCUUCGUACUUUCUUGGAAAACCAUAAGAAUAGACUAUUUGAGCUGUUCUUUUUUCGUUUAUCUUUCAUGCAUCUUUCCACUAUUAAAUAUUGGACCUAACUGACGUUAUAUGCAAAUACAUGCAUACCUACUGUAAAUAUUUUCCUUUUCAUGUUUUAAAGCUUUCAGAUAGUAUGUGUAUUGGGUACUGUAUUUGUGAGCUUAUCAAUAUUGUAAAGGUGCACAUGUACAUUUGUUUUGGCAACAGCUGUUAAGAAAACCUUGCAUUUAUACUGUAAAUAUUUAAUUCUGUACUUUCCCAAGAGCUGUCAUCUGUAACUCUUUAUACCCCCUGCAUUCCCUUUUUUAUUGGUUGAAGAUAGUUACUGAGUGAUUUGUCCACUAAGACACUUUUAUGCUUAUGUGCCGCAAUUCUGGGACUGUCAGUGGUUGUGCAUCAUGCUCAUGAUAAGCUCAUAUUUUUUCAGAGGAGAUAUCAGUUGUCCAUGUACAUUGAAUUCAGGACUUUCCCGCACUCUUCACAACCACACUGUCUACCUCUUGGCUGCAUUGGGGCUUCCAACUGUGGACAGCAGAUUCUGUAAGAAUAAAGAUAACUCUCAAGCAUGAUCCAACCUUUCUGCACCCACCCUUAAAAGAACCGUAAAUAAUUAGUUGUAUGGUUUGUAAUAUCGUUUUUUAUCUCACUACCCCUUCGCUUCUGAUGUCAAAGGGCUGUUCUCUGUGGACCUCAAAUUAUUGUUAAAAUUAAAAAUGAUUAUCUUUUCAGUACAAAGCAAUUGCAUCUGUACAUUGAAGCACUAGAUAUUAGAGCAGGAUGACAUACACUCUUUUGAACAUAUAAUUACUAAACAAGAUAGCCUUGUGAGAAAGGUUAGUGAAUUGAUGACAAUGGCGCUAGAAAGAAAACACGACUGCACACAUGGCAGUUAGUAUAUACACGUACAAAAUGUAACAUGUAUAGAAAUGCUCAGCAAAUAUUCACCAUUGCUUAUAAUAUGUUUAAGACAAACAUGGCAAUGUAGAUGUUUUUUUUCUUUCAGUGUUCCAUGUUUUAAUUAAUAAAUCUAA